AUGUCCUGCUACGACCUGUGCUCCACCAACCUCGCUGGCAUCAGCUGCCCCCAGCCCCUGGCUGACAGCUGCAACCAGCCCUGUGUGAGGCAGUGCCCUGACUCCAGCGCCCUCAUCCAGCCCCCUCCAGUCGUGGUCACCUUCCCUGGCCCCAUCCUCAGCUCCUUCCCUCAGAGUUCUCUCGUGGGAUCCUCUGGAACUCCGGGCUUUGGGGGCUCCUCCCUGGGCUAUGGGGGACUGUAUGGAUAUGGAGGCUCCUCCCUGGGCUAUGGGGGCUCCUCCCUGGGCUAUGGGGGACUGUCCUUUGGUUCUGGCUCCUGCAGCCCUUCCUCCUCCCGCUUCAGCAGGCUCCGCCGUGGGAGCUGGGGGCCCUGCUAG